CAAAACCCUUUUUUCUCCCCUCCUCCUCCACCCUCCAUCCUCCAUUUUUGUUCUUUCUUAAACCCUAAUUCCGCGAACAAGACCCAGAUUGAAGAAAAGCAAAAGAGAAAAAAAAAAGAAAAGGAAAAAUCUCUCUUUUCUUCAGUGGAGGAGCCAAGCUCAGCUUCCGAAGAUCACGGUUUUAAAUAUUCUUAUGGAAGAUGAUGAUAAUGAGAUUGAGGUUGAACAAAAAGAAAUUCCAAAACUUGCUGUCAAUGCAAAUCAUGAAGCUAAGCUUAAAGAGCUGUUGUAUAGAAUUAGUUCAUUUGAGAUUAAGUUAUACUCUGAUGCUACCAAGGAAUUCAUGAAGCUACUUAGAAGUGAUUCGGGAGGUGAAUUUCUCCGGUACUACGUUAGAAGUUCAUCUAGUUGCUCUGAGCUUCUAGAUGCCUGGAAGCUCAGAAGUGGGAGACCUGGAAUGUCUUAUAUAUUUAAAUUAAUAUCUGCUAUUUUGAGUCAUCCUGAUGGAAAAUAUAGACCAAAUGAUAAGGAGAGGAUAGUUAUAAGUAGGGUUCUCGAUAAGUUUGCUCGAUCGCUUAUUGAAGAACACUUGCAAGAUGUGUAUAAGGAGCUAAAUAGUAAAGAGGCAAAAUGCCAAAGUGCGGCACUUUUGCUGAUGGCUUCCAUUGUUAGACGUGGGUCAGGUUUGGCUUCUGAGGUUGCAAAGUAUUUUGAUUUCAAGCUCCAAGGAUUUUCCAAGCUUGCAGAGUUCAAGAAGAAGCAAAAUGAGAAAAGAGUGAAGCGGCCGUCAUUGAGAAAGUCGCUUGUUGGUUUUGCGAUGUCAUUUCUUGAGGUGGGAAAGCCAGGACUGUUGAGGUGGGUACUACAGCAGAAGGAAAUGUAUUCCGGUGUGCUUCGCGCGCUUGGGAAUGAUGAUGACGAGACUGUUAUCUAUGUUUUGUCCACAUUGCGGGAUAGGAUUCUUGUAGAAGAGUCAUUGGUGCCUCCAGGACUGAGGAGUGUUCUCUUUGGGAGUGUUACUUUGGAACAGUUAUUAAACAUUUCUGGAAGGGAGAAUGGUUCUGCUGCAGAGUUGGCUUAUGAUGUUCUCGUUCUGGUGUGUACUGAUCCUUGUAAUGGGUUAAUGCCAGAUCCUAUGAGACGCCCGAGUCCUUUAAGGGGUAACCCCAGACGACUUAUUGAGUUGAUGAAGAAGCUAAAAGCAACUGAGAUUGGCUAUCAUAAAAAAUUACUUUUAGCCAUUGUUAGUGGGAGACCGUCAUUUGGUGCAGCAUAUAUGGAAGAGUUUCCUUUCAACCUUGAAGAUUACUCAUCGCCCACUUGGUUAACUACGGUCACUCUGGCAGCAAAUUUGGUUUCCUCCGUUGGCAGCGGCCUAUCGUUUGGUUUUCUUGCUUCCCAGUCUCAUGUGCCACCUUCAUUUGAUAGCCAAGAUGUGCAAAGUUUUAUGAAAUGCUUGUUUCCACGUUCAUUCAGCCGGUCAGUAAUCAAUAAGGGGUUGCUUCACCCUGAGUUGCUAGUAAAGCAUGGAACUUUAAGGCUUCUUUUGGAGGUUCUAAAGUUGCUGGACUUCUUAAUUGGUGCUUUAAGUGAAGCUCAAAAUAAUUCAUAUUCAAGCAAUGAAUUAAUACAAGGUUGGGCAUCUCUCAAGCAAGAAAUUCAAAAUGAAGUCCGAAUCUUGCUCCCUGAUCCUCAAGUUUUGUUGACACUACUUUCUUCUCUGAGUAGUCAUUCCAAAAUUCAUGAAUUAUGUACUAAGAGAAGAGCGAACUUGGCAGAUUUACCUGAGCAUGGUAGCAGAAGUGUAAAAAAAUUGAAAGCUUAUAAUUUUAACAAUGACUCUGAUAUUAUUGUAAGCGGAAUAAGUUUUGAUAAAGACAGUGCUUCGAUUGAGGACGGUGAAAGAGUUGUAGGUACACCUACAACAGAUGAGUUGGAUACUGGAAAGGAUAUCAUGAAUGUUAUUGCAGAAGUUUGGGGGCUGGAUCCAUGCUCCAUUCCUCUUGUUGAAAUAAAAGAUUCACAGACAUACUUCCUCACCAAGCUGCUUGAUUCUCUCAAAAUUUAUUUACAAAUAUUGCCAACACUACUGGAUGGUUCGUUUGAGUUUUUUGUAAAUCUCUUGAGCAAACCUUCAACAUUACAAACUACUCUGCAGCACUCCCUAUUGUCUUUGCUGAUAGAGUAUGUAGGAUGGUCUCCUAAUGGAAUUCCUGUACGGACCCCAACACUGAUGUACAAACAUCUCCAUGUAUUUUUGAACUUAUUAAUUUUUUCACCAAUUAGAGACAUAAAAGGUAAAGCAUAUGGUCUGGCACAAGCAGCUAUGUUGAGUACUGGUGCAUUUGACAGAAACUGUUAUGAAAUUGGAUCAUGGUUUUUGUUUUUACCGGGUUAUGACAGAAGAAUAUCUUCUGUUGGAGUUUCAAGGAUGGAAGCAUUACAGGGUUUGUGUCAAGUUGUCAUCUCAUUCUUAUGCGACGCCGUUUCUACUGUUGGAAAUAAUUUAUUCAAAUAUUGGGACAUUGUUAAGCAGUAUACCUGUCGUUUCACUAGUAUUGAAGCAGAUAAAUUCCCUGGUUUCAGUCCUCUUGUUGUAUGUAUACUGCAGAAGUGUCUAAGAUUGCUGGAUUCUGAAUCUGAAACCUUUACAUUGCCUGAGAAAUCAAUGAUAUCAUUAUACGUGUCCAAUACAGUAAAAUAUAUAUUACAAACUCAGGUAGAUGCAAGAUUGCUAUCUGCUACAAUUGAAUCAGUCUUGUUCGAGAGGCUUGGAGAACCUAGUUGCAUAGUCAACCGUCCUGGAGAAUACUGUGAGUGGAGGCCGUUGAAGAAUUUAUUGCUUCUUUCACAGAGCGUAUCAAAUCAACGAACUUAUAGCAUUUUCUCACUUGAUAGAAAAGCUACGACUGUUGAUAGUUCUUUUGGGAUUACACUUGAUGAAGUUAAAAGCUACUUAAGGAAUGGGGUUGCUGGUGAAAUAGAUGGAAUAGCUAAAGCUUUUUCUUCCUCAAUUAUCUGUACAACUCCUGAAGAGAUGUUGAAAAAUUUUCCAUCAGUUAUGACCAUUUCUCAAAGUCUUCUUGGUGUUCCUGUAUCUCUUAUGACAUCGAUAUUCUUUUCUGAACAAACCCUUCUAGCAAGUGUUUCUAAGUUGUGGCCUGAAAUUUUCUUAUCUGGUCUGGUAAUGGCUGUAUCUGAUGUUUGUUGCAAAGACAGAAAAGAUGAUGCUUGUGGAAUUCAUGAUUGUGCUUUCUUCUCUGAGAAAGAUUUUGAUGCAAGUGAAGCUGCUAAUGCUGCUGCCACCUUUAGUGUCUUUUUGAAGCAGGCACCUUUCCAUGUUCUAUUUCCUGCCAUUAUGAGCAUAGAUGGCCCUUAUUUCAUGGAGCCUAUGAAAAUAAGGGACCUGCUUUUGGCAAAACUAUCAGAAUGGAAGACUGACACGUCCUUUGUUUCCUAUUUGCGCCUUUUGUUAUUUUGGGUUUAUCAGUUACAAGCAUCUUAUAGAACUAAAUCAUCAGCCAAUUUAGAACAGCUUUCUGAGAUUUGCUUCAUUCUUUUAGAGAACUUGUUAAAUCAAGUAUUGGUAUUGAAGGCUGAAGCAGAUUAUUCAAGUACUUCUGGGAUUCUCAUGUCAAGCCAAGAAAUUCUAGAAGUGGCUAAAACCAUCUUUUGUCACCCUACAGUGGUGACAACACUGAUGAGUCCUUUAGGGUCUGUAGAGGACAUGGUAAUGGAAAAGCUAGGGGACAGUAUGGAUAGCUUGAUUAGUUUAUCCAGGCAGAGAGUUCAUAAGUUAGAUCACUAUGUUUUGAAUAUGUUGGUUACAACUUCUGAGUACUUGUUUUCUUUGUGCGGUGACCACCAUUUUAAGCCCAAAGUUGAAAAUGAUUCUGGUAGACAGCUUGUAAAGUCUUUCAAUGGGCUGAUACAGAUUAUUUUUCAGGAAGUUAGAGACCAAUUUAAUCUAUGCAUUCACAAGAUGGAUCUGACACCCCUCCAUGCAUUUUAUGCUUUGCAUGUCUUGAUUGGUUUUAUAUCCCCCUUUGAGCUCCUUGAAUUAGUGCAUUGGAUGUUUAGUAGAGUUGACUUAGAUGACUUGUCAGCUUGGAAAUCUUGCACGACAUCUGCUAUUUAUUUUGGUUUUGUUAUUGCUGUUUAUGCUUUCAGAAAUCUGUCUAAUUGUUUGGUGCAGCCAAGAUCGAGGAGAAUGAAGUACAGUUUGCUGUGGGAAAUGGAAGAAAACAGUAUCAAUGUCAACAUUAUUGAGGAAAUCUAUAUGCAAGUAUCAAAAUUUGCCUUGCAUUUUGAAACAGAUUAUGCUGAUAUGUGUUUGCUAGAAGCUGUUUAUGCUGCACGGAAAAGUAAAUACAUACAAUUUCAUAAUUUUCACACAUUUGGUUUGGUAAUGUCAAGAGUUAUGAUGACCACUCCCAUGAAAAUGCUUUCCCAUUGUAUUUACAAGACGAGCAAGACAAAAGCUAAAUUGUUGUUUCUUCUUACUGAUGCAAGCUCACUUCAUUUGUCGAUUUUUGGGCACUUACUUCUUGGUAUUAUGAAUAAAGAUCCUCUUCGUAGAGGCAAUGUGAUGGAAGAGAGCCAGGGCCUUGCUCUUUCGGAUGAUGACCAUAUUAUGCUUCUGCCUGCUGCUUUGACAUACUUAAAUUCAACUUUGUUGAAAUUUGGAGAACAUCAUCUCAAGCAUUUUUGUUGUAUACCAUCUUUCUACUCAAGAAUUCUCUUGAAUGGUUUCCUUCAUUGGAAGAGCUUUGUGUCUGGUGAUGUGUUUCGAGAGGAAUAUGGUGAGUUCUUUCCAUCAUCUUUGCAAGAACUCAUUACCCUUGUCAGUGAUAGUCUUCUUGGAAAAUCCAUCCAUAUGUUGCAGUAUCACUUUGCUUUAAAUGGAGAUUCAAUGAAUUUGAAGCAACGAUUGAAGCUAUUUAAUUCUAUUUGCUCACGUACUGCCAAACAUGAUGAGCUGAUAGACUGUGAUGUUGGGGAAUUGGCUUCUUACUCAGUUAAUCAGUCAUUGAACCUUAUAAACAGAGUUGUGGCAAAGAUAUUGUUUUGCAGGAUGUUACUCGUUCCUAAUGGUAAUCAGGUUCAGUUUCAGCCAAAGGAAGCAGAUGGGGUCUCGAAAGAUGUUCCUCAGGAAAUGGAAUUUAAUCGAGAGAACUCAUCAAGAAUUCAGUUUAUAAACAAUUUGGUCAGCACUUGGCAAUUGAUUGUUAGGAAAAUCCCUUUUGUUUCUGAUUCUACGAAUGGAAAGAGCACAGACCGUACAUCCAUUUAUAAGUACUUGGAAGCUUUCAUAUUGAGAAGUAUUCUUGAAUUAACCAUAAAAAUGCAUAAUUACCUUAUCCAAUUAGAAUCUAUUCCCUUCCUAGAGCAGUUGAUGAAAUCAGCACUUAUAUGUAGGUUUGAGGAUCCCUCAACUUUGAAAAUGCUCCAAGGCAUCCUAACUGUGCUGUCUGAUGGGAAAUUUUCACGUGAUUUUUAUCUUCAGCUCCUGCUUGCUCACUCUCAGUUUGCUCCUACAAUUCAUUCAGUCUCCAGCCUGUCUAGUUAUUCUCAUGUUGGUGCCUUUCUCAGGCCUAUGUCUGGUAUUUUGAGAUCUCUUGUCAUCCCUACUGGCCAUAAUGCAUCUGAUGGGAAGGUAAAUCUGGAAACAACUGAACUCUACUUAAAGCGGUUGGAGGUUAUUAAACUAUUGCGGAUACUCUUUCCAUCCAAGGCUCAUUGUGCUUGUGAUUCUGGCAAAGUUUUAGGCAUAAAUUUUAAGGAAUUAUAUUUUCUGCUUUUGACUUCUUAUGGUGGAAAGCUAAGUGAAAUUGAUAUGGAGAUAUACAAUCUGAUGCGCACCAUUGAGUCUAUUGAUGGUUUGGUGGGUGAAAAUGUUGCUGGGUUGGACUACCUGUGGGGCAGUGCUGCUUCAAAAAUAGAAAAACAACAGGUUCUGGAGCAGGAUAUACCUUCUGAUAUCAUGAAUGGUGCCGAAGCAAUCAAAGAACGUCGCAGAAGUCUGUUUAGAGAUAAUCUUCCAAUUGACCCCAGAAUAUGUGCAUCAACGGUGCUUUAUUUUCCCUAUGACAGAACUUCAUCUGAUGAACCAUUAUCAUUGGACAAGUUUCAAUCCAAUAACUUGAAGCAUUCUCCUGAUGUUGCAAGAGUAGAACGAUAUGAUCCUGCUUUCAUUUUGCGCUUCUCGAUUCAUAGUUUAUCUGCUGGUUAUAUUGAACCAAUGGAGUUUGCCUGUUUGGGCUUGCUUGCCAUCACAUUUGUUAGUAUGUCAUCACCUGAUGGUUCGAUAAGAAGAUUGGCUUAUGAUACUCUUGUGGGAUUUAAGAAUGCACUGGAGAAAUGUAAAAAGAGGAAGGACAUGACGCGAAUUCAACUUCUGCUGACUUGUAUGCAAAAUGGUAUAACAGAACCAUGGCAGAGAAUCCCUUCUGUUAUUGCAAUUUUUGCUGCAGAGGCAUCUCUAAUAUUGUUAGAUCCUUCACAUGAUCAUUGUGCAACCUUAAGCAGGCUUUUAACACAUUCAUCUAGGCUGGACAUGAGGAAUAUCCCUUUGUUUAAAGAAUUUUUCUGGAGCAGUUCUAUUAGUUUUAAAGCAGAAAGGUUGUGGAUGCUUCGCUUGCUAUAUGUGGGGUUAAACUUGCAAGAUGAUGCUCAAAUUUAUAUUAGAAACUCUGUUAUGGAGAAUUUAAUGAGCUUUUAUACGUCUCCCCUUUCAGACAAUGAGUCCAAAGAAUUGAUUCUUCAGGUAGUGAAGAAGUCCAUUAAAUUGCAUAAGAUGACAGCAUAUCUGGUUGAAAACUGUGGUCUUUUUUCAUGGUUAUCAUCUGUUCUCUCAAUUUCCAACAAAAUGCAUUUGAGAGAAGAAGAAAGCUUUAUCUUAAGGCACUUGGUUGUGGUUUUAGAGGUUGUUAAUGGUGUUAUUUCUUCCAGAAAUAUCAUUGAGUGGCUGCAAAAGUACGCCCUUGAGCAGCUCAUGGAACUUGUGUCUCAUCUGUAUCGAUUCUUAGUUGGUGGUAUGACGUUGAUAAAGGAAAAUGCUGCACUGGUCAAUGCUAUUCUAGAAAUAAUGAUAUCAACGUUGAAGAUAUCCCUGAAAAGAAAGAUAUAUCAGCCGCAUUUUAACGUAUCAAUUGAGGGUUUGUUUCAACUAUAUGAGGUUGUUAAUAUAUAUGACAAUGCAAAAUCUUAUCCUAAUGUAGAGUUUGGGCUCAAAGUCAUACUGACGAGUGCACCUCCAAUUACCAUUUUUUCCAUGUGUUUUCUAAAUUUCACAACAAUUUGCUUUGAUCAACAGAGUCAAGCAAAGCUUUCAAGUUUUGUUAUUUGGGCAAUAUCUUCUGCUCUGCAAGCAGAUUCUGCAGAAAUGCUUCAAACCAGAGAAUCUUACUGCUGUACAGUUAUUCCAGAAGGACAGCAAUCUGAAAAUUGUCUAACAUUCAAACUUCUACGUUGGCUGACUGCUUCUGUAAUCCUUGGGGAGCUUGUUAGGAAACCUAAUUAUUUGGAGCCAAAUUUGAGAUCACGUGUAAAAAAUCUGCAGUCGUUGCUGGGCCAUGGUGAAAAUGCAUGCAGAGGAAUCAGCCAAAGUAGAUUUGGCUGCGAGGAAUUUUUAGCUUCUACAAUAAUCUACUUGCAACAGCUUGUUGGUGCAGAUUACAAAGUGCUACCAUCAGUUCUAUCUGCUGUUACUUUUCUUCUCUGGGAUAGCUCCAUUUUUGCAGAUUUUUUCCAUGAUCACCGGACACUCAUGGAAUCGCUAUGGUCAAAGAUUCGAUGCCCUGCUGAAGCUAAUCCUGCUUGGAGAUGGUCAUUUUACCAGCCAUGGAAGGAUCCCUCAUUGGAGCUGACUGAAUUACAGAAGAUUGAAGAACUCCAUGCUUGUCAAACUCUUUUAGUUAUCUUCUCCAAUGUGCUUGGAAGUAGACCAUCAGAAUUUCAGAUCUUAUCAACUGAAGAUGUAGAAAAUUUUGAUGUUUUUCAAUGGGAAAAAAGUGUUUUAGAAACUUAAAAAUAGCAAGGAAGCUUAAAAAAAAAAAAAGAAAAGAAAAGAAAAGAAAAGGAAAGUGUCAUAAAAUUACACAACAUUUGUAAAUUAGAAAAUUUUGUCGGAAUGUACAUAUAUGUAUACUGGUGUACUUUACCCACAUUUUCAUUUUCCUCUUUCGAUGAAUAUUUGAUUAAAUGAAAGCUUAACACAAAAGAUUCUGCUUA